AUGGCUCCUUUUGGAACUGAAUAUAUAUGCAAUUAUAAUUAUCAUACAUCAGAUGAUUUUGUUAUUAGUAUAGCUGCUGGUCGACGACAAAAUUCUUCACAAUUAUCUUUUGUCUAUUUACGAACAAAUACAACAGAUGGACAAUAUCAAAAAUUAGGUUUAUUCACAUUUUCACGUGAAACAAAAAUUGCUUCACGCAAUAACUCAUGCACUUCUAUAUUAAAUAUGAAUGAAGGUGAACAUGAUGUGCAAGUAUGGAAAGGUAAUGCAUCUGAUUUAUCAACAUUACAGGUUGAUCCUUAUGGAAAAUAUGCGUAUGGUUUUCUUUCACAAAAUAUUUUUAUUUAUGAUAUUAAAAAUCAGUAUGUAAAAAAUUUUUCAUGGAAUGAUAUAUUUCCAUCGAUAAGUAUUUAUCCUCAUGGAUUAGAUGUAACUGAAACAAAUGAUAGAUUCUCAAUGGCAAUUAUUGCUGGGUAUUAUGAAAUUGAUAUUGAAAAAACCUUACCAGCUAUUUAUCUUGUUCGUUUAAAUCCUCCGUAUAAUAUGACUCUUGUUGAUAAUUAUACUUUGUAUUCCGAUAAUCAAAAAUUUGUUCGUGGACGUUAUGCUUCUAGUUAUCAAUUUGGUUAUGUUAUGUCUGUUUCCAUACAUGAUUCAACUCAACAAGUUCUUGUUGGUGUUCCACAAUUAAGUAAAACAUAUCUUUUUUCAUUUAAUAGUACAAAUUUAACAUUGAUUAAUACAUUGAAUUACACAGCACGUUCAACAAGUUGGCUUGAUGAUAAUGGUAUACAAGCUGGUUUACUUCUUAGUAAUGAAGCUACACUUCCUUGGGCACAAUCUCGAAUACAAGUAGUAGAUAUAUCUUCUUAUAAUAUAUUAUAUGUUUAUCCCAAUAAUCAACAAACCUUAGAACAAUGGUCAAGUACACCUCCAACAUUUAUUCGUUUAACAAAAACAUACGAUAAUCAAUUAGUUAUACUUACAGAAGAUGGAAUUGUAGUAUUAGUUUCUUCAGCUGAUGCAGGUUACUAUAUGAAAACAGAUGAUAUUAAUUCUCCGUCACAACGGCUAGUCCAAUGCCCACGUGGAACUUAUAAAAGUAUUCGAGGUCCAACACCAUGUAUGAUAUGUCCGACAAUGACAAAGAGUUCUUCUAUUAGUGUAACAUCUAAUUCAUCGAAUGACACGAAUGUCAUGUAUUUGACUGUUAAUUGUACUGCUUGUUUGUCAGAUUCUUUUUGUCCGCUCGCUUCCGUUGCUGAUGUUAAUAAAUCAGCUAUUCAAUCGAUCAGUCAAGCAUAUGCUUAUCCCUCAUCUUCAAGUUCAUCACUUGAUGAUAUUCUCAUACAAAAUACAUUUAAUCUACCAACUGAUUCUCAUCGAUGUCUUCUCAUAUCACCAUUUUUUUGGGCUUUGAUUACAUUAUGUCUUGCUUUUAUUGUUUUACUUAUCAUGGCAAUUUUAUAUUGUUCUCCAACAGGCAAGAAUCAUUUUAAACGUCUUGAAUGUGUAUUUCGUCAUUCUGACCUUAUUGGAAAUGGAGAAUUAUGGUUUGGUGGACUUGUGUCAUUUUCUAUUAUUGUUCUUGUCGUCUAUAGUUUUUGGUUUGGUACAGUUUUUGUUAUACAAUAUCCAAUAGAAACAUCAAAUGAUGCUUAUUUUGCAUGUGAUACAUCAUUAAGAAAUAUUCAAUUUAGUUCAGCACUACAAUUAGCAGUUACAAUUAAAUCGGAUGAAGAAGCACCUAUAUUUGAUAUGCUUGAUAAGCAAGACUUUACUAUGACUAUCAAUUUUGUGCAGACAGGUUUUACUUGUAAUGAUGUUACUGAGCAGGAAAAUAUUGGCACUUAUUCUGUCUCAUUACCGCGUACCAAUUGCACUAUGCAACCAGAUAAUGCAACAGUCACUGUAGUAUAUCAUGUGCCUUAUCAUCAAAUGAUUAUGCAAAUAAACUUGACAGAAUCCUUACAUUAUAGUGAUUCAACUAAUUAUAGUGGUAUAUGGAUUCCAACAUCAACUCAUGGAUCACUUAAUGAUCAUGUUGCUUAUUUACAACGAGGCCAAUUUCUUCGUUAUUUAUCUACACAACAUACACUUACAAUUACUUUUAGUGAAACAGAAUUUUAUGUCAUUAAUAAACAACAACCAAUUGCACGAAGCGGUGAAGUUAUUUUUCAUAAUAUACUUUUCACAACGACUGUUAUUGGUAUCUUUGCAUUAGCUUUUCUUCUUUUUAAAUUGACGUUUAUUCCAAUAGUGAAAUGGAUUAUAAGGCACGAAAAGUUUUUAUUAAAAUUUUGUAAAUUAAGAAAGAAAAAACUGACCGAAAAUAAAUAUCUAUUUUAA